CUUUAAUAGACUACAGUCUGAUCCACAACAGACCAUAGUCUUUAAACCACUACAGUCUGAUCCACCACAGACCAUAGUCUUUAAUAGACUACAGUCUGAUCUACAACCUCUGUUGACCUAACGUGUCUAAACGACUAGUUCUGCUUUGUACAUCUCUAGUCUGCUACAGGAUGGAACAUCAAAAUGCAGAGCAGUGGCUGGAAUGGCUGGAUGCAAAGGAGAAAAAACAAAAGCUUGUUGGCGGUCUUCAGAGCGAACAUGAACCUCAUCGGCAGGACCCUGAGGCCCAACGAGGACCUCGCCAACAGGCCCCUCAGGGACAACGAGGACCUCGCCAAACAGCCCCUCAGGGCCAACGAGGACCUCGCCAACAAGCCCCUCAGGGCCAACGAGGACCUCAUCACUAUGACCCUCAACGCCAACAAGGACCUCGCCAACAUUACCCUCAGGUACAACGAGGACCUCGCCAUCAGGACCCUCAGGGACAUCGGGGACCUUGUCAGCAUUUCCCUCAGGUCCAGCAAGGACCUCGUCAACAUGACCCUCAGGGCCAACCUGGACCUCAUCAACAGGACCUUGAGAUCAUCUCACAGCAGGCGGCAGAAAUCUCCAGACUCAAGGAAGCUCUUCAACUGAAGAAUGAAACCUACGAGGAGCUGCUUGCAUGGUGUGAGGAAUCAAGGUUCCAAAAGGAGAUGGCCAAGAACAGAGAGUUGGAGACGGAAGUCAACGAGCUGCGGGAUGAGAAUAAGGACCUGGCCACAAAACAUCAACGCCGGGAGACGGAGGUCAACAAGCUCCGGGAUGAGAUCAACGACCUGGCCUUAAAAUAUCAACGCCAGGAGACGGAGGUCAAUAAGCUGCGGAAUGAGAACAGCUAUCUGGCCUUAAAACAUCAAUGCAGGGAGACGGAGUUCAACAAGCUGCAGGAUGACAACAACGACCUGGCCGGAAAACAACAGGCUUUGGAGACCCAAAUCAAACUGAUGGCGAGUAAACUCAAUCAGGUGGAGAUUGAGAAGAUAAAACUGGUGGACAAAUUCCCUUUGGACAUGCCAGUUUUGGAAUCAAGGUUCCAAAAGGAGCUGGCCAAGAACACAGAGUUGGAGACGGAAGUCAAUAAGCUGCGGGAUGAGAACACGGACCUGGCGGGAAAACAUGAACGCCGGGAGACAGAGUUCAACAAGCUGCAGGAUGAGAUCAACGACCUGGCCGGAAAACAUCAACGCCGGGAGAUGAAAUUAAAAGUCGUGGAGGACAAGAACCACGACCUGGCCCAACAACAACAACGCAGGGAGACGGAGUUCAGCCAGGUACAUGGCGAGAACAAGGUCCUGGAGGAUCUCUGUCUCAAACUGAGCAAGAAGAAGAAGACGUGGGGUUUCUUCUUUCGCAGGAGGGAAACAGAGGAUAGACAGACACAACUGGAAGAGUUGAAAACCAGAAUGCUCAACAAGGAGGUGUUAAAGAAAGAGAAGAGGGAGAAAGCGUAGAUGAAAGAGAGUCGUGACGGCAACAGUCGGUUGGAGAAGGCUGCUGGGUGUUGACACCAGUAGCUCCCACUUCUUCCCCCCCUCACCUCUCUCUUCCAUCCACCUCACCUCCUCUCUUUUCAUCCCUCCUCCUUCUGUCCACCCU